AUGGAAAACUUUCUGCUCCAACUUCGGGCAGCUCAUGCAGUUCCUCAGCGCAAGUUCAUGGACAAGAAGAACACAUCUUCCUUUGUGCUGAGCUACGGCCUCUACGCCCAUGGCUCCCAGGCUGGAGUUAUGAACUCCACCUUCCAAAAUCCUCAUCUGUGCAGGUUCAUCAACCAAUGGCUUCGAGUUUGGGCUCCGACUUCAGCUCACUGGACAACCUUCUCCAUUAUCUACAACAUGGAGUCGAAGCCCCACCGGGACCUGCAUAACUUAAAGGGCCAGCCGAACUAUGUCAUCACGUUUGGCGACCAUGAGCAUGGGGAACUGUGGCUAGAGCGCCUACCUGAUGAACCACAAUCUGAGGAUGCUCGCCGCCGGCGAAAACCCAAUGGGUCUGUGGCUUCGGGAAUUUUGGUUUCUCCUCGUCACAAGGUGGUGGAGUUCACCCCCGACCGAUGGCAUGCUACGAUGCCCUGGCGAGGUACUCGCAUAGCUUUGGCGGCCUAUACGGCUCGAUCCUUUCGCGACCUCGAUCCCGAGCUGCGACGUGAUCUACUACAAGCCUCCUUCCCUCUUCCGAGACCUCUUUCUGUGGUGUCGAGCAUCGAUGCUGAUGUCUGUCGUGAUGUUGGCGAAUCCUUCCUCGCGGACGAUGAGAAGGUGAUGAUCCUCAAUGACUACCAGCAGUUCCAAGACCUUCUUCUCGAAAACUUCGAAGUGGAGGACACUGAGACCUCUUUGUUUGGCUUGGAGGUGUGUUGUGCCUCCCCUUCUGACCUUAGAGAGGAACUGCAAGCUCGAGGCGAAUGGGUUCAAACUUUGGGUUUCGCUGAAGGUGGAGAUCUCGGAACUGUCCGAGGAGCGGAGUUAGUGAAAACAACCGUGCGGGACAAGAGACCACGCUGGUUGGUGUGCCAUGUUCCUUUGGGCCCAGAGCGCAAAGGAAUGAAUGAUGAUAUGAGCUCCUCUGCCUGGAGACGGUUCUCAAAGGUCGUGAGACAUCUUCUUGAAGUGACCCAGGUGCAAAUUGAUGCUGGAGGUGAAGUUCUGUGGUGUCAACCAAUGGCAAGCUCAGCGCGCUUCCUCUCAAGCGUGCGUGUUUUCUGGCACCAGCAUCAAAACCAUGCAGAUGGCAGGUUGACACGAUGUGGCGAUCAAGGUUUCCGCUCCACCUCCACCGCUUUGCUUCAAAGCUUGCCAUGCUCUGGAACAGAGCUAACUGGUUUGACGAAGGUCCUGGCCAAGACCAUGCAGCAGGUGAUCCGGAAUGAUGCAGUUUUCGCCCUGAUCGGCGCCGUUGACAUGUCGGUGCUGGAUGGCAUUUCUGCUGCGGAACUUGGGGAAUUAAUGGAGCGAGCGCAUCGCAUUCACUCACGACUGGGCCAUCCCUCGAACCGCCUCCUGGUGAAGAAUCUUCAGGCUCGCCAUGCUGAUAAGAAGCUGAUUGCCGCAGCCUCCCAGCUGAAGUGUGACGCUUGCCUGGAGAGCAGAAUCAAAGCUCCACGACCACCAGUGGAUCUCUCUCGAUCAGAUCGCCUUUGGACUGACCUCCAAAUGGAUCUCUUUCAGAUGAAAAUCGACGACCGCGUCUACCACUUCCUUCUCUUUGUUGAUGAGUGCUCGGGCUACGCUGUGAUCCGCCUGGUGUUUGACCAUCCGUCGACGAAAGGUGGAAAUGCCACCUCUAUGCAGGUAUGCCACCUACUUGAGGAGGCAUGGACGCAAUACUUUGGCUACCCGGAGCGGAUCAAACUUGACGCUGAAAGUGCCCUCCGAGGCACUCUUCUUCGUGAUUGGUGUGCCACCCGCGGAGUAGAACUUCUACAUGCUCCUGCCGAACACCAUCAAUUCAUCAGUGAAGUGGAGCGGUCCAUCGGCACGCUUCGACGGAAGAUCGAAACAUUUCUUCGAGAACGACCGGAACAUCCACGUCAGGUGGCACUGGCUAUGGUCCUGGUGAACUUUCGGCUCUAUCGAGCUCGGGCACUCCCGGCUCUGAUCUUCAUCAAGUACAACGACUACGACUCCGCGUCAGCCUAUCCUCACUACCUUCCGGGCGACUUGGUCUACUACCGCCGGUUGAAAAAGUGCCACUACACUCAACUCCGACCUGCCUCGGAAGCUGAGCACUUGAUUGCACAACAAUCUGGCGGCACGACCUUUCCUUGGACCAUGUCGCACCUCACGGCAAUGCUGAAUCGAGGAGCGUACGAAGACAUGACCCGCGAACGGGCGAUCUACCCGGAUGAUCUGGAACUUCCUGGUGACGAGCCUCCCGCAGAUGAUCUUCCUGAAGACCCUGGAGAGCAACUUCAUGAUGGACCCGAACCCCUCUCUGAAGAGGAGUUGAUACCAGAUGAUGGUUCAUCCUCCCGGAAACGAGAUGCUCCUGAACCCAGCGGUGAGGAAGAGAUGGUCCCAGACAACGACCUCAUCGACUUGAACAAGCUCUUCAACGACCCUGGCUACAUGCCCUUCCAGCCGAUUCCCUCCUCUGCUCGAGUGGCUCCUUACCCUCAAGAGAGUUUCCGAGAACAGCGAGCCCGACAUGAGCAAGAGGACCGACCUUUGCAUGUUAAGCAGGCUGCUGAGUCUAGCCUGUUCAUGGAAACCGCGGAGGCCGACAAAGUCUUUGCCGUGACCAUUGACGCUCCUGCUGAUGCUCAGGCAUGGAAGAAAAUGGUCAAGCACCCAGAGAAGUUCAUGAGCAAGUCUGUUUCGAAGGGUGUGGAAAUCAGUUGGCAGCGACUUUCGGCGGAGCAGCGCGCGGCUAUGGCAGAGGCUAAAGGGCUCGAGGUGGCACAAUGGGUUCAGCUGAAGGUAUGCAAGAAGGUGGCCGAGCAUGUUCCUGAGUCUCAGCUGUUGAGGAUGCGAUGGGUGCUGACAUUCAAGGAGGCAGCCCCUAGCGAAGCUGGAAGACCGCAAGUCAAGGCGAAAGCCCGGAUUGUAAUCCUUGGCUUCAGCGACCCAGGCCUACUGGAAGAUACUACGGCUUCUCCUACCAUGUCAAAGUUGACGAGGCAGCUGAUGUUGAACUUGGCAUGCAUCAAACAGUGGUCGAUCUUUUCAGCCGACGUAAGGACAGCCUUCUUACAAGCUCGACCCGCCGAUCGAGGACGCCGACUUCUGGCAAAACCCCUUCCCGAGUUGGCGGAGGAGUUAGGCCUUUCACCUCAGGAGUGCGUUGAGCUGACUGGUUCAGCGUACGGCUUAGCUACAGCUCCGAAGGAGUGGUUUGCUGAUGUGUCAGCUACUCUCAAGAGACUGGGAGCAGAGCAAUGCCGCACAGAUCCCUGUGCCUGGAUCAUCAGAGGCAUCGAUGGCGAGGUGGCCGGCAUUCUUGCCAGUCACGUUGACGAUUUUCUGAUUAUGGGAAGUGCCACUGAUGCCAACUGGCUCAAUUUCCUGGCUGGGUUCAAGGCCGCGUACACCUGGGCACCAUGGCAACAAGGAGAUUUUGUUCAUUGCGGCAUUCGUCUUCUUCAACAUGAGGACUGGUCAGUGACACUGGACCAUUCAAGCUUUUGUGCCGACUUGGUUCAGAUGGAUCCGGCAAGUUCGGGCACUCCUUUGAACGACAACCAAGUACGGCAGGCGAAGGCCAUCCUGGGUUCAGCGCAAUGGCGCGUCACCCAAUCGGCUCCCCAUCAUGCUGCGAAACUGAGUAUGCUUCAGAGCCUACUUCCGUCUCGUGACGGCUCGUGUGUGGAUCAGAUCAACAAGUUGGUGCGUGAAAUUCACAGCUCAAAACAUAUCGCAGUGCAGGUUCAGCAUCUGGGCCAGUUCGACCCCAAGGCUGCUACUUUCGUGGCCUGGUCGGAUGCAUCCCUCGCGAAUCGUCCUGACGGGACGAGCACUGGGGGACUGAUCAUCGGAAUGAUGAGUCCCAAGGCCAUCGAGGUGGGCCAGGGCAAAGUGAACAUCAUCAGCUGGCGCAGCUACAAACUGCCUCGGGUAGCUCGAAGCUCGUUGUCUGCUGAGGCACGGGCUCUGAGUAAUUGCGAACAGGAGCUAAUGUAUGCCCGUCUCGCUUGGUUUGAGCUCAAUGGCGGCAAGAUCGACGUGCGCAAUCCCGCCGCCAGCACUGCCCAAGCUCCAGGACAUUUGAUCAUCGAUGCACGAGGUGUGUACGACACUUUGAUGAAAGCCGAUCCUGGCACCAUUCUCAACUGGUGUGACUCUGACCACCAGUUGGCUGACGGUUUGACCAAGUCGGCCAAGCAAGACGUCUUGAAGAAGUUCUUGCUGCAGGGGCAUUGGCGCCUACGGCAUCCUGGAGCUUUCAUGAGUGCCAAGCGCCGACGUGUGUUGGACGGUGCUGACCGCUCGGAUCCCUUAGAUGUACAGCCUGUCGCCGAAAGCACGCAAGCCUGCCUCUUCUGUGCGGCUCUCCAGAGCUUCGUGGACGUUCGCAGAACGGAAAAGGUGGACUUGAAGCGAAUGCAGGAGAUGCGAGAUGUGCAGAGCGGUGAGAGCAAACUCCGAAGGGAGGCGCUGAUCUAUGCACAGGACAAAGUUGGCGCAUGCGCAUGCACCAUUUGGGAGGACGCUGGGUCAUUAUAUGCGGAGGCUUCGUUCGAGGAUUGGGCUCCAAGGCCGCCCCUGGCAUCCACAGCCAUCGAGUUGCCUGCCUCUGAGGGAGAAGAACAGUCAGGUUCUCGCGAAGAUACGAACAAGGAGACGGAGGCAGCUGACUUCAGCAAGCGAGCUCCCAGGCUUUCCACGGCAUCGACGGCAUGCCCUUUGGAGUUCGACCUAGACGAGCAACGAGGGCUGCAGGAGGAGACUGUCGACACGAAUAACUCGCCGGAGGCCCCCACGGACGAGCCACGAAGGCUAGGGUGGAAUGGUGAAUCGGAGCAGGAGACGGCGCAGGCUCCUUCCUGGAUGAGAGUCUUCAACAUAGUGGGCGAGUUUCCAGAUACGCUGACCAGUUGCCUUUCAGUACAUUCCUAUGCAGCGCUGCGUGUUACAUGCAGAGACUCCCUUGAUUGCAUGCACACGAAGGAGUUGGUCGGCCAUUUGCUGAGGUUGACGGAGGGUUCUUGGUCGGGGCCUCAUCCUGAAGAAGAUGUGCGAGUCAGUGAGCCCGAGCGCGGGCCCAUGCUCUUCAUGGCCUUGGGAAGCGGCAAAGAAACAGUUGACGGAGAAGACUUCUGGACAAGGAUGGGAGGCGACGACCAUCAGUCGCGAGCAGGCAUCCGUUCCUUCAUCAGAGGCAUCAACGUUUGGUACAAAGCAUGGCCUGAGUCUGCCAUCCGUAUUGCGGAGAGGUUGAGGUGUCACUGUUCACAUCCGCACGAGACCAUUGCAAAGAAUGCCCAGCGAACUUUGGUUUUCUGGGCUGGACAAUGCUUUCAGACAGCAAAGGCCAAAGCAGUCCGGCACCUCCUUAUCAAGGAUAUGAUUUACUGGCUUCGGCAUGCAGACGAUGGACUUCGUGUGGAGAUUUGUCUGGCUUUUGCCAUCCGUGGCCCACAUCUACUUGGGAGGUUCAGGGAGGCUUGCGUGCAGGCUUUAUUGGAGGCCUGUGGGCCCAAUGAUGCAUGCCGAAAAGCAGCAGUCAAAGCCCUGCGCGCUUUUGCCGAAACAGACCUGGAGUGGUACCUGACACUUCGUCCCCGCCUCGUCGAAGUUUGGAUCGCCGGGCAACAAGGAUCUGCUUGUGACAUCCUUCAUCUGAUCGGCGACAUGGACGCAGACCGCUCGAUACUUGCAAUGCGUGCAGCCUGGCAGAGCUGCAGGGAUAUCGCGAGCAGCAUCUUUGAAAAGAGCAAGGAGAUCUUCCUCGCGGACCCUUUCAAAGCAUGCUCCGCGACACGGUCUGAGUAUCCAUGCACAUAG